AUGUCUGCGCUCACGGAGAGCGCGGUGGAGCCGGGCCCGGGGUGGGCGGGCGCGCGGUGGUCGCUUGGCGACGCAACGAAGGAGGGGAAGGGGGCGUAUGGCAGGAAGCGCAGCGGGCGGCAAGGGCGGAAACGGGAGCGCGGGCCUGAGGAGGCGGGGAUGAGCCCAGCGGCAUUGGCGGGCGCCAUCACCGCCGCGGGCCUCGCAGGGGUGUGGAGCGUAGCACGCGGGGUGCAGAAGGUCCUGCACGGCUACCGCGUGAACCGCCUCCGCAAGAUGCUCCUCGAGGUCUCCCCGGUCCUGGACCAGGCGUGCGGCGACGCGUGGUGGGUCGACUUCGGGAGCCUCCUCGGCAUCUACCGCGACGGCGACCUGAUCCCGUACGACAACGACGUCGACAUCUGCGUCCUCAACCCGGACUGGGAGGCCCUCUACGAAACCCUCCAAACCGCCCUGGAGCCCGAGUACCGCGUGCGAUGGACGACGCCAUCGGAGGACCCGACGGUGCGGUGGAUCCGCGUGCUGUCGCCGAUGUGCAUGAUCGACAUCUACGGCGCGCACUGCGACGUCGGCGCGACCGCGGCCGGCCGCGGCGCCACUGUGCACGUUGAGCUCGGGCACGGCGACCAGAACGACAUGGCCGCCGACAUGGUGCUGCCGACGCGGCGCAUGGACUUCCGUGGCGUCCAGAUCGGCGUGCCGUCCCAAGUCGAAGAGCUCCUGCGGUAUCGUUACGGCGACACGUGGAUGAUCCCCAUCUACAUGGACAAGGGCCGCGACGAAGUGGAGGGGAACAAGGCCUACGCGCGCGUCCUGCGCUUCGUCGGACGGUUCGGCCUGAAGUUCUGA